AUUGUGGAAUAGUGCUUGAUGUGUUGUUUUUUUUUGCUUUUUUAUACCUAAGUUUUCAGUCCUGUUUUUAAACUGUUGAAGUUAUCGAAAGGGGAAAAACCGUUGGUUUAAUGUUAAAAACGUUUGGAUACGUAUUUUUAUACCAUCGCCAGACGCCAAUACGUGGUUUUUAAUUGGAUGUGGCAACAUGACAGACAUUCUUAAGUCAUUGGGAAAUAAUGAACAAUUGGAAAAGGUGUUAUAUGAACUUCUUGGUCAACUAGCAUCCCCCACAGAUACAAAUACUGAUAGAAAAGAAAAAAAAUGUGCACACUCUAAUGAGGAUGAAACUUCACCAGUUUGUAAAUCUGUACCUAUAUGGCAAAGUGAUGAUGUUGGAUUUGUUAAGAAUUCAGUUUUUGCUGAUGAAAAGAAAGGAUCCCAAACAACAAAUCAAGACAAUGUGAUUGACUCAACUCUUGGCAGACCUCGUUAUCAAUGGCGCGAUUCCGAACCUGGUCCACGACGUUCUAGUCUCGAUACGACGAAACUUUACUCGGUUUAUGUUGGUCAUCUUCCCAAGGAUAUCACGAAGGGUGAAUUAGAAGAUUUGUUCAGUGACAUUGGCGAUGUUGCUGAUUCGUUUGUCUUCCCACCAUCGAAUGGACACUCUUACACCUAUGGUUUUGUGCGUUUUCAAACUUUGGAGGAAGCCGAGGACGCUGUGAAACAAAAAAACAUGAAAGUCAUUGGAAACAGACAAAUCAAUGUAGAGUUCUCCGCGUCCACUAGGCGUGAUUUACAGAAUAACUCUGCGAGUGAAGACAACAGGCCGUUGCUGCAAAGAGAAUAUCCAAAAGUUCAUCGACAAUCGCCUUCGGAAAAAGACGAAAAACAAGUGGUAGAGAAACUCAAAGCGAAUUUUCGUCGGUUAAACAGUAAUUUGUCCACAGUUGGUCAUCAAAAUCCGGAGGAAGUUUUCGAGAACUUUAAGGCUAUUUUGAAGAUAUUGAUUAACUAUCCAAUGACACUCGCAGCACCGGUGGCUGAGAUGGGCAAAGUGGAGUCGAAUGACGUUUCCUUGGAAAGUGGCCUUAAAAUCGAUGAGGUAAAACAGCCUGGAAUUCCGUUUGGUAAGGUAGCAAAGCAACAGCAAACCUUGCAAAACAACCAUCCAGCCAGCUCUCAAACAACUAGCUAUCUACCAUCUUUUGCAUCAUCUGCAAAAGAUACAGCCGCUGUUGGCAAGGACUAUCUUCCAAAUGCUCGUACUAAGUUACUACUAACAGAUGAAUUCGGGGAACAAAACACAACUAUGCCACUCCGUCAAACAGCCAGCCAAUUCCGUCAAACAGCUAGUCAACUACCAUCACCUCCACUCGACACUGCAAAAAAUACAACUUGCAUGAACUCUUCCCUUGGUGGAAACAUGCCUCCUGAAUCUGGUGGUCCCCCAUCAAUCACAAAUCAGGUCAGGGAAAAGCAAGAAACCAUCACACAUGAACCUACAAAAUCUACAAGAACUUGCAGUACGAAACCUCUUCUUACUUUGCCUAACCUAGCUACGCCAUUAUUGAUGAAGAGUGGCCUUUUAGAUUGUGAAAGCGAGAAAGAAAGUUCAGGAGAAGAUAAUCUAUUGACGGGGUCGGGUUUUAGAGAAUACAACGCACUGUCUGCUUCAAAUUCUGGCGAAGAAAAUGUGUUAGCUAGAUCAAGCUUAAGAGAAAAUAAUGCAUUGCAGGAUAAUAUCUUGGUUGCUUUGAGUUCAAGGGAAGACAGUGUAUUGCCUCGUAGAUCUAAAAUUUUGGACUCAAAUUAUACCCUAAGUGCGAGUUCCAGCGAUGUCGAGCAACACAUAAACACCUCGUCCAAGUUGAAACCAUCGCUCGGAGAAAUGCGUGGCAAUUCCUACCUAAUUCCUUUGAGUAACAUUACUUCGACGUUUUCUGAAGAAAAGUGUUUGUCGGAAAAUACCAAUCUCCAGGAAAUGACAGAUAUUCCUGAAAACAACUCGACUCCUCCACGUGGUACGACUUUCGACAUGUUGAAUCAGCCGAGCUCCAUCGCAGGUUGUUCUUACUACCCGUCACCCUUGAGUAAUCUGAGCAGCGCAUCACCGAAACAAGAAAUGGCUACAAAAAUUGAUAAACCACCUUCGAUAGCGAAGAAUUUGUCAUACAACAAAGACGCUCCGCUUCGUUUCGUGAGUGAUAUUCCACCCCUGUCGAAUAGGGGGGAUUUCCCUCUGAAUCAAUGUUCAUCCCAGGGAAUAGAAGCUGUGGAGGACCUUUCGAUUUCGCGAAAUCAAGCGUUACCUCCCCCAGAUUUCCCAAACCCUACCGGCAAGAAUUCGAUGCGCUGUAAAAAUGUUGUUGACGAGGCGGGAAAAAAUGAGAAGUCUCCCUCUUUAACAAGCAGUAAUGUUGAAAUGAUUGAUUCACACAGACAGUGUUUUUUCCCUCUGCAAAAUACUGAGGAGAUGAAAGAACUAACUUCGACCAACAGGACAUUUCUUGAACAACCACAACCGUUCAAUUCACAGAAUUGUACGAAAUUUGAAGGUAAGAGCGAAAAGGAAUCCAUUUCUUUGGCGGCUAAUGCUGAAUCGAUGUUGGAACGGCAGCAGAAGUCCCCAAGCGAAUUAUGUAGCACAAUGCUGUCCCAUAGGGCUCAACCCAAAUUCUUACAAGUCUCAACAGGAUUGUACGAAACAGGAAAAUCUUCAAGCUUUGUAAACGUAGACACGCGAGAAAAUUUCAAGACCCCUGAAAAUAUUACUACUACGAAGAGUUUGCUACCACCAAACGAUCGGUUAUCUUCGAUACAAUUAAACCUACUUACAUCUGGUGAGUCGGUGAACAAUACUAAAGUUUCAGCGUCGAGUAAUGGAUGCCAUACUGAGAAAUCAGAUCUAACUCCCUCGGUGCAAAAACUUUUUGAUAAGUUUUGCUCUAGCAACAACGAGAAAGGGACUGAAAUCGAACGUCUUUCCGGCAACGAUCACAAUUUUGGAAAUGCAAACGGAGUCAGGUCCUCUCGUGGACGGCGUCUUGCACCUUCAUUUUCGUUCUUGUCGCAAAGAAAAUGUCUGAAAGUGAAGGGCAACGACAACAGUGAAACAGCUUGUACCCAAGAUGGAAUUAAACAUACUGAGCAAUCUUCGGUUCGUGAUUCUUCUGCUGCAGAUGGAACAGAGAAACCCUGGAGCGAGGAGACAGCUAACGUUAUGGUAGAAGACAAUGCCAUUGUUCACAUCUCUGAAAACGAGAAAUGGAAUCCAUCGUUUUGCUCGUCAGAAUUCGAUUUUGGAUUUAACAGUGAAGCUGGUUCGACAUCUCCAGUGGAGAAACCGGCAUCUGAAUCAAGAAGCUUGUUGGAUUCCAGGUGCCCUAGUGACGAUAUUGAAACCAUAAAAUUGAAGGACCAACUAAAUGAACACGUCUUAAAGCUUGAAAAUUUACAACGAACGUUGGAUAAGUACCCACAACGCAGACCCAAAAGAUCACUUUGUUUGUUUGAUCAUCAUCCACGAGGCUUGGAAUUGGAACGAAAAAUUCAUGAUGCCGAGAUAUUAUUGGAGAAGAGAAAGGAAAUGCAGGCAGCCAGAUCAAGCGAACGAGAACUUGCCUACGAGAAAGAGGUGUUUCAUUCCGUGGAUGAUAACCCACUCAUGAAUCAGAUCGCUCGAGAGUUGAAGAAGGAUUCUAUUAGAAGCGAGAUCUUUGUGACGGACCAUAAAUGUAAGAUAUUGGAAAUGAAGAUUGAGCUAUUUCAAUGCGAAGACCCUGCACAGGUAUAGCAAUCAACAACACUGAUAUAGAAUAAUGAAAUCAGACCAUGUUGUUACUUUUAAGACGAGUUAAGGCGAAGAUGCAUUUAACAAAGACAAAAAAGGGCGAUUUCUUUUAAGUUUCUUUUUGUAUUUCGUCGUUGCAUGAGACUUUUCAUUCUAUGUGAUGCGAUUUUUACCCUUUGUGUGGAUUUUUACUGGAAUUUUACCAGCGAACUUGAAAUAGUUUUUAGUAUAUUUAUGCAUAUGUAAUAUAUGUGAUAUUCCACUUAGCUAAGUUUUACUCUGCUAAGUUUUAACGUUAUAGUUCUUUAUUUUUUAAAUAAUCGUUUAGUAUUUUACCACGCAUGUUAUAGAUUUGAAAUAAAAUUUGU